AUGGAGCGUUCGCCUGUACGUCGGAGUAAGCGCAAUCAGCCAGAAGGCCUAGUGCCUGCCAUUCAAUCGCCAGGCAGCUUAGCGAAGAUUGCCGCCACGUCCGCUAAAGCUGCCGAACACCAUAGCGCUCCAUCGCCCAGUGCCAUGAAACUUAGUGGGCCGGGCACUCAGCCGUCCAGUGGUCCGCCAACCAAUGCCUCGACAUUCAGCACCUCGCAGUCUAGCGCUUCGACAUUCAUCGCUCCGCAUUCUAGCGCUCCGCCGUCCAGUGGUUCCACAUUCAUCGCCCCGGAGCCUAGCGCUCCGCCGCCCAGUGCCAUGAAACUUAGUGGGCCGGGCACUCCACCGUCCAGCGCUCCGCCAAUUAAUGCCUCAGCAUUUAGCGUCUCGCCAGCUAGCGCCCUUACAUCCAGCGUUAUGCCACCUCCUGCGCCAGCGUAUAGCGCUCCAUUGACUAGCGCUUCGCCACACAGAGAUCCGCAACAUAGCAUUCAACAGUUCAACGUGCCUUCGUACACAGCGAAGCCAUCUAGCGCUCCACCAGCCAGCGGCCUGCAAGCAAGUAUAUUCGACCAGACUCACCAGGUAAGCGAUUUUACUUCAAAUCCUAUACAUGUCAAUGCCAACCCGAACGCUGCCGCCUCAAUCGGCGUCUCUGCUAGCGUCAACCUCGCCAGUAGCGAAUUCGCCCCUGUAAUUGCCACAACGAUGGCGCCAACUGCCCCUGUAAAUGCCACAACAACGAUGCCUACUGCCACUGUAAAUGCCUUAGAUGCUUAUAUGUACACGGGUAACUCCACUUUGUUAAAUGCGCCUUGCCUGGCACACUAUAUGAACGAUAAAUAA